AUGUUCAUUCUUACAAAACUCUCAGAUCUCGUGCAGAUUGCACCAGAAGAUUUUGCCAAGCGCAGUAUAAUCGCCAUUGAAGACAAUAUUAAUGCCAAAUACGCCAACAAGGUCAUUCAAAAAAUCGGCUUAUGUAUAUGUUUGUAUGACAUUCUCUGGACGUCAGAGGGCCUCAUCGGCCAUGGAACCGGCCUGGUCAAUGUAAACGUCGAGUUUCGCAUGAUUGUGUUUCGUCCAUUCAAGGGCGAAGUCAUGGUCGGUCGCAUACGCAGCUCCACGCCUGCAGGCAUCAAUGUACGGACAGACUUCUUUGACGACAUCUUCGUGCCCUUUGAAGAGCUCCCUGCCGGUGCAGAAUACAAUCAUUCGGAACAGCUUUGGAUCUGGAACCUGGACGAGGAGGAGAGGCUGUUUUAUGAUACCCACGAAAUGGUGCGCCUGCAGGUCAUUGACGAGGACUGGCACGAUCAGACGCCCAUUGGCCCUACGCAAGCCGAGGACUCGCCUAUAAAGACACCCUACCGCAUCAAGGGCAGCAUGGCCAAGGAAGGUCUUGGCGUGUGCCUGUGGUGGGACAGCGCAUAA